AUGACUGCCCCUUCCUUUGGCGAAAAAGAAUACUGGGAUAUUCGCUUUACUAAAAACCCCUCCCCAUUCGACUGGCUUCUCCCCGCGGCAGCCAAACCUUUUCUUUCUUCGAUUCGAUCAACGCUCUCUACUGCACCUUCCCCGCGAGUUCUUCACAUAGGUUGUGGAACUUCUUCGCUUUCAUAUAAUCUAAAAGAUAUCGCCAAGGAUCCAAGUCAUAUCUAUAAUGUCGAUUUCUCAUCUAUAGUUGUCGAGGCAGGAGAGUCUAAGGAUGGGAGCAUGAAUUGGAAAACACUCGAUUUAUUAUCAACCCAACAGAUCUUGGAGUUUGAGAAAUCAGUAUCAGCUGACGAUGAAGGGGGUUUUGGUCUGAUCAUCGACAAGUCAACUGCAGACGCGAUAGCCUGUGCGGAUGAUGUAGCCGUCGAACUUCCUUAUGUGAUUACAGCGGAAGCUAUUGAAGGAAGAGGUCAAACUACCGCAGAUAUUCAUCCAUUGGUGAUAUUAUCGCUACAUAUGGCGUAUUUGACAGCCCCGGGUGCGAAAUGGUUGUUAUUGAGCUAUAGCAGCUUUAGGUGUUCCUUCCUGACAUCCCAGGAUCCCGAUGACAGAUAUGUCAAGGAAGAAGUCUUGGAGAAGGGACUUACAGACCCGAGGCUGCUAUGGAAGGUUAUCAAAGAAGAGGCUUUAGGUGCCCGCGAGGAAGUUAGUGAGGCUAGUGGUGUAGUGGCACGGCCUGUGGUUAAACAUAUGUUGUAUACUCUUGAAAGGACGUCCGUCAAACUAGUCAGCAACAUAAGAUAG